CCGGCCCCCGGCCCGGCCGCGGCCGCUCCCGCCUGGAGCCGCCGCGCGCCCCCAGCCCCCCGACGCCCCCCCGGCCCCUCGCCUUCCUCUUCCCGGCGCGGCCCCCCGGCUUCCGCGCUCCGCCCGCCACCAAUCCUCUCGCCACCAUGUCCGUGGAGCUCGAAGAGGCCCUUCCGCUGACGCCCGCCGAGGGGGCCAGUAAGAAAACGGCCAAGGCCGGCGGCUCGGCGGCGCUGUCGCCGUCCAAAAAAAGGAAGAACAGCAAGAAGAAGAACCAGCCGGGCAAGUACAGUCAGCUGGUAGUGGAGACCAUUCGCCGGCUGGGUGAGCGCAACGGCUCAUCGCUGGCAAAGAUUUACACCGAGGCCAAGAAGGUGGCCUGGUUCGAUCAGCAGAACGGGCGCACCUACCUCAAGUACUCCAUCAAGGCGCUGGUGCAGAACGACACGCUCCUGCAGGUGAAGGGCACUGGUGCCAACGGCUCCUUCAAGCUCAACCGCAAGAAGCUGGAGGGCGGCGGGGAGCGGCGCGGAGGCCCCGCGGCCGCCACCGCCCCGACGGCCGCGGCGCACAAGGCCAAGAAGGCGGCCCCCGGCGCGGCCGCCGCCCGGCGCGCGGACAAGAAGCCCCCCAAGGGCAAGAAGCCUGAGAAGCGCUCGCACAAGAAGGGCGCGGGCCGUGCGGUCGCCGCCUCCAAGAAGGACAAAGGCAGCAAGGCCAAGAAAGUGGCGGCCGCGGCGGGCAAGAAGGUGAAGAAGGCGGCCAAGCCCAGCGUCCCCAAAGUGCCCAAGGGCCGCAAGUGAGCGCCUUGCUCGGCUUGCUAGUUCUUUUUGGGUUUCUGGGGUUUUUUUGUUUUUUUUUUUCGUUUUUAAUUUUUUAUCCCAAGUGUAUGUAGGUUUUGUACGAUUUGGGUCCGGGCCGCCGCGCCUGCCUGCUCUGAGCCGCAGGGAGGGGACCCCGGGCUCCAUCCCUUCCCGCCCCUCCCCGACAUUGUAGCGGUUCUUUUUUUCUUUCUUUUUUUUUUUUUGGUUAUUGUUUGCUUUAGAUUUUUGAAACAGCCCUGGCGACGCCCCUAUUGGCUCCUCGCCCUUGGCAACGGCCGUCGUCAUGGUGACCGGCCUCCGGGCGCCAAUGGCCGAGGCCGGGCGGGGGCCGCUGGUUGGCCGGGGUCCAGGCGCGCUGGUUGGGGUGGGGGACGCGCCGCCCUCCUUCGGCUCCCCACCCUUCUUGCCUUUGGGGUGCGCGACAAACAAUCGCUCGGGGCGCGGGGCUGUGCAGGGCUUGCCUUCAUCUCGUCGGCCUUAUUAUUUUUUUUUUUCUUUUACAUAAUAAAUGGUUGAAACCUUUGCA